AUAUUUUUGUAGAAAUGGUCAGGACAUGCAUUAACUCAAGAGAAUAUGAGGUGAAAAGGCACUUAUUUCAAAAAGGGUUAUGCUAUAAUGUCUGAUUUUAAGGUUUUGUUCACACAGACCGACUAAAAGAUUAAAUCAGAAGAUCCUUUGUUUCGCAGAAUGAUGUUUGAAACUUGGAAAUAGUUCAUAUAUAUAGUUCAGUAUUUACUCACCCCCAGGCAAUCCAUGGUGUAUUGGUCUUUCUUACUUCAGCUGAAGAGAAAUGAAAGUUUUAGAGUAAAACAUGACAGGAUUUUUCAUCAUCUGAUGCAAGUGAAUGGUGCUCAUUGUAGACCAUUUUCAAUCGGUAUCUAGACCGAUUCAAAGUAAUCCACAUGACCCUAGCUGACAAACAAAAGUCCUCUCCAGUGAAAUGAUCAGUCCGUUUCAGAAAUAAAUAAAUAAUUAUAUACUUUCUAACUACAAAUGUUGGCACUGGUCCAGCUUGUGUGACACAUGCAUGUUGUGAAGAUCAUGCGUGACAAAGGCAAAAAGUUGUUUUUGUGUCCGUUUCUUGUUCACAAUAACAAUUUUCUCGAAUUAGGGUUUGUGCCUUAACAGUGAUAUGGGAAUGCAUGGUUGAGAUAAUGGCAAAGAUCUCACAAAUUGGAUCAGCUAAGAAGAAGAAAAAGACGAAGACGUUCUCAGAAGGAGAAAUUGGGAAUAUUCAAGAAAGCGGAGACUUCCUCAUCAAACCUGAAUCUAAGGUCGCACGCUUGGACACGUCUCAAUGGCCGUUACUGCUGAAGAACUUCGAUAAGCUCAACAUCAGGACGGCUCAUUACACUCCUCUGCCACAUGGCUCGAAUCCACUCAAGAGGAACAUACAUGAAUAUGUCAGGACUGGUUUCAUUAAUCUGGACAAACCUGCAAACCCCUCUUCCCAUGAAGUCGUCGCUUGGAUCAAGAGAAUUCUUCGUGUGGAGAAAACCGGCCACAGCGGCACUCUUGACCCCAAGGUCACGGGCUGCCUGAUCGUGUGUGUGGAACGAGCCACGCGACUGGUCAAAUCUCAGCAGAGUGCAGGCAAAGAGUAUGUGGGCAUAGUACGGCUGCACAAUGCGCUAGAGAACGAACACCAGCUAGCGAGGGCUCUGGAGUGUUUGACAGGAGCCCUGUUCCAGAGGCCUCCGCUCAUCGCCGCUGUGAAGCGCCAACUGCGAGUGCGAACCAUCUAUGAGAGCAAGCUUAUUGAAUAUGAUGUAGAGAGACGAUUAGGUAUUUUCUGGGUGAGCUGUGAAGCGGGCACAUACAUCCGGACUCUGUGCGUUCAUCUGGGUCUGCUGCUGGGAGUUGGCGGUCAGAUGCAGGAGCUGCGACGAGUGCGCUCCGGUGUGAUGGGUGAAAAGGAUAACCUGGUGACCAUGCAUGACGUGUUGGACGCCCAGUGGCAGUUUGAUCACAACAAAGACGAGACUUACCUGAGGAGAGUGAUCUACCCUCUGGAAAAACUCCUCAUCUCCCACAAAAGGAUCGUCAUGAAGGACAGCGCUGUGAACGCUAUAUGUUACGGUGCAAAGAUCAUGCUACCAGGCGUUCUGCGGUAUGAAGAUGGUAUUGAAAUGAAUCAAGACAUAGUCAUUAUAACUGCGAAAGGAGAAGCCAUUUGUACAGCGGUUGCCCUGAUGACGACCGCUGUCAUAUCCACAUGUGACCACGGUGUUGUUGCCAAAAUCAAGAGGGUCAUUAUGGAGCGAGACACGUAUCCACGCAAAUGGGGCCUUGGACCGAAGGCCAGUCAGAAGAAAAUGAUGAUCCAAAAAGGACUUCUAGACAAACACGGCAAACCGAAUGGCAGCACCCCGGCAGACUGGAAAGAGGGCUACGUAGACUACAGCACACCCAAGGUGAAAAAGAGUGCAGAGGCUGGUCAGACGGCACCAAAGAGGAAGCGAGAUGAGAGCAGAAGCGAAAGUGACACGGCGGCUGCUAAGGAUAUAAAGACGGAAGAAGAAAUCAAGAAGGAGAAGAAGAAAAAGAAGAAAGAAAAGAAACUGAAGCUAGCAGAAGAGGCAGCGGCUGAGGCUCCAGCAGAGGAAGAAACUGAGGUUAUGGAGAGCGCAAAGAAGAAGAAGAAGAAAAAGUCUAAAGACGCCGAGGCUGGCUCAGAAUGAGCAGAGACUCGUGUGAUGCACCUGUAAAUGUAACAGCAGACUUGUCUAAUGGAAACUCAUUCUUCCAUCCUCGCCCUCCUGUCAGUGUCAGUGGACGGCGGGUCGGUCAAAGUCCACGAGUUUACCUGUAAAUGGUUAUGGUUAAGAUUUUUUUUUUUUUUUUAUAUAUAUAUUGUCCAAAUGAAGCCCAUAUUGCCUGGGUUUAUUCAUGUAUUUGUCUGGAGUUUUUUUUUUUUUUUAUUGUAAAUAUAGAAGUUGUAA